AUGGCGACCCAGCGAAGCAGCGAUUGUACUCUUCUUGGAAAUGAAGAUUCUUCCAAAGUGCUGCUUCUCUUACUAAAAGUCCUGAUCCAGAUCCAUAAUCCUGUAUCUAUCCAUUAUCUAAUGGCGAAAACUCUUGCAUUCUUCUUCUGGGUUUUUGUUACACUCUGCAACCCAGUUCUUUCCCAAUUCGAUAACUUCAUCUAUAGUGGUUUCCGUGGUAACCUUAGCUUGAAUGGAGUUGCUGAGAUCGAGCGGAACGGGGUUCUUCGAUUGACCAACGACAUCACUCGUUUGAUUGGUCAUGCUUUCUACCCUUCUGCCCUCCAGUUCAAGAACUCCACCGACGGAACAGCUUUCUCCUUCUCUUCCUCUUUUGCCUUCGCCAUCGUUCCUGAAUACCCCAAGCUCGGUGGCCAUGGCCUCGCUUUCACCAUCUCUACCACCAAAGACCUCCCAGGGGCGCUCCCCAGUCAGUAUCUCGGCCUUCUCAAUGCCAGCGACAUGGGUAACGUCACCAACCAUCUCUUCGCCGUCGAAUUCGACACGGUUCAAGACUUCGAGUUCGAAGACAUCAACGAUAACCAUGUUGGGAUCGACAUCAACAGCCUCACCUCCAACUCCUCUGCUAACGCCACCUAUUUUAGCGACAAAGAUUCCACAAACCAGAGCCUUAAUCUCAAGAGUGGCAACAUGAUUGUGGCCUGGGUUGAUUAUGAUUCUGUAAGUCGUCUUCUCAACGUAACUAUUUCCCCCACUUCUUCAAAACCCAGCCGACCGCUCAUCUCUUUCUCCAUAGAUCUCUCUCCAAACCUCGAUACCUCCAUGUAUGUGGGCUUCUCUUCCUCGACGGGUCUGCUCGCGAGCUCCCAUUACUUAUUUGGAUGGAGCUUCAAGAUGAACGGAGCGGCUCAAAACCUGGACAUUUCUUCUCUCCCAUCACUCCCCGGACCCAAGAAGAAACACACAGCCCUAACAAUCGGUGUCUCUGUAGGAGCAGCUGUACUCAUGAUUGGCGCGAUCUGCGUUUCUAUUUACCUCAUCUGGAAAAUCAGGUACACCGAUGUAAUCGAGGAAUGGGAGCUCCAUGUUGGCCCGAAUCGGUUCUCUUACCAAGAACUCAAGAUUGCAACCAGAGGAUUUAAAGAAAAGGAAUUACUAGGGUUUGGUGGAUUCGGUCGCGUGUACAGAGGAACACUCCCCAAAUCGAAAACCCUAGUCGCGGUUAAGCGAAUUUCACACGAAUCGAAGCAGGGUCUUCGGGAAUUCGCGUCUGAGAUCUCAAGCAUGGGUCGAUUGCGUCAUAGGAAUCUGGUUCAGUUACAGGGAUGGUGUCGCAGGCGAGGCGAUCUUCUCCUGGUAUACGACUACAUGCCCAACGGAAGCUUGGACAAAUACCUCUUCGACCAGCCGAAAUCGACGCUGAGCUGGGAACAGAGGUUCAAGAUCAUCAAAGGCGUAGCUUCUGGUUUGUUAUACCUGCACGAGGAAUGGGAACAGGUGGUGAUACACAGGGAUGUCAAGGCCAGUAACGUGUUAUUGGACGGAGAAAUGAACGGCCGACUUGGCGAUUUCGGUCUCGCUCGAUUGUACGAGCACGGAUCGAACCCGAGCACAACCCGAGUGGUAGGGACUCUAGGGUAUCUAGCACCGGAGCUGACGAGAACGGGGAAGGCGACGACGAGCUCCGACGUGUUCGCCUUCGGGGCGGUGCUGCUGGAGGUGGUGUGUGGCCGGAGACCCAUUGAGGCCAAGGCGUUGCCGGAGGAGCUGAUACUGGUUGAUUGGGUGUGGGAUAGGUGGAGAGAAGGGUGUAUACUGGAGGUGGUAGACCCAAAGCUUAAGGGAGACUACGACGAGAUUGAGGCGGUGUUGGUGUUGAAGCUGGGGCUCAUGUGUUCCAACUGUACACCCACGGCGCGUCCUAGCAUGAGGCAGGUGUUGAGUUACUUGCAAUGGGAGGCAAGGGUACCGGAAAUCUUGAGGGCGCCGGGGGAAUACGAAGGCCCGGAGAAGAGGGAGGAGAUUGGUUUCGACGAUUUCUUACAUUCUUACCCUUCUUCAUCUUUUGAAAAGGUGAGUUCUUACUUGUUUACGCCGGCGGCGUAUGGAGAAGUCGGAGAACUAUCGAUGACCCAGACCCAUGAUGGCCCAAUGACCCAGGUUGAUUCUAUGGCUGAGAAACGGUGA